AUGGAACUUUUCAAGGAUGAUAUUUCAGCCAAAGGGUGUGAUCUCUUUCAGGCUGGACCAUUAACCAAAGUGACGAUUUGUAAGGACAAAGAAGGAAAACCAAAGUCUUUUGGAUUUGUCUGCUUUAAGCACAAAGAAUCAGUGCCUUAUGCAAUAGCUUUGCUGAAUGGAAUACGUUUAUAUGGAAGACCAAUUAAAGUGCAGUAUCGGUUUGGGAGUUCUCACUCAUCAGAACUAAACAGCCCUACACAUGGUUUUGAGAACUAUAUUGACUUAUACUCACCUUCAUAUAGGUAUCAAGAGCCUUAUGGAAAUCCUCCAUUUCCUGUUACUCCUUUUCCAAUGAACAAUAGUUUACCUCAUGAAUACUCAGGCUUUCAAAAGAUGAUGAACCAUUUUUUAGCACAGCAGUACACAUUACAGAGUCCAAUGGGUCAACCAUUUCCUUACUAUCAGAUGACUCCGCCACUGCCUUCAAGUUUAUCCUUUUCUCCCUGCCAGAAUCAAGCUGCAAAUUUUAAGGCUGCACAGAGUUCUUUUGAAUUGGCCCUGCCACAUUCAAGUGACUGUGAAGUGCACCAGGUGGAGGAAAGCACCUCUAAAAGAAAGAGAGAACAGCAAAGUUGUGACAGUGACACUAGUAUUGAGGAUGACAAAAUGAGAAAAAGAGCGCGUGACCAAAAAUACAAGAAGCGCAAAGCCAAGAAAAAGAUGCAUUAA